AUGGGUGACUGGAGCUUUCUGGGGCGGCUGCUGGAGAAUGCUCAAGAACACUCCACUGUGAUUGGAAAGGUUUGGCUGACCGUCCUCUUCAUCUUCCGAAUCUUGGUGCUGGGUGCAGCAGCCGAGGAAGUCUGGGGUGAUGAGCAAUCUGACUUCACCUGUAAUACCCAACAGCCUGGUUGUGAGAACGUCUGCUAUGACGAGGCCUUCCCCAUCUCCCACAUCCGUUUCUGGGUGCUGCAGAUCAUCUUCGUCUCCACGCCUACCCUCAUCUACCUGGGACAUGUGCUGCACAUUGUCCGCAUGGAGGAGAAGAGGAGGGAAAGGGAGGACGAGCUCAGAAAGGCAGGACGGCACCAGGAGGACCAUGACCCCCUGUACCACAAUGGAGUUGGAGAUGGAGGUGGUGGUGGGAAGAAGGAGAAGCCACCAAUCCGUGACGAGCAUGGGAAGAUCCGGAUCCGUGGGGCAUUACUGAGGACCUACAUCUUUAACAUCAUCUUCAAGACCCUGUUCGAGGUGGGCUUCAUCCUGGGACAGUACUUCCUCUAUGGGUUCCACCUGAGGCCGCUCUAUAAAUGUGGUCGCUGGCCCUGCCCCAACAUUGUGGACUGCUUCAUCUCCAGGCCUACUGAAAAGACAAUCUUCAUCAUCUUCAUGCUGGUGGUUGCCUGUGUGUCUCUGCUCCUUAACAUGCUGGAGAUCUACCACCUGGGCUGGAAGAAAGUGAAGCAGGGGGUCACCAAUGAGUUUGUACCUGACAGUGAUUCACUGAUGAUGGGUGCAGAUGAGCCUGGAGACGCGGAGACGAUUCCUGAGCAGACCGCUCCGUCAGUGCUUGACUGUUUGCCGGCGUAUGCCAGGGUGAGUGUAGUGGGGGCAGAUGGAGGAUCCUACAGUACAACUGAGGUCUCCUUAAACCCUAACAUGGCAAACGCCCCUGUCAAGAUGGACGGCACAGCAUUCCACCCAGAUGACUUCCUGUCUUCCUCUUAUUAUGGCAGCGGUGACAAAGGGAGCAGUGGGAGCCGUGGGCAGCUGACGCCGGUGGAGCAGAACUGGAGCAACAUGGCGCUGGAGCUCAACAAUCUGGAUGGAAAAAACUCCUCCUCCUCAUAUCCGCCUCCUCUUCCUUCUCCUCCCAUCUCCAACUCCUCCUAUCCACAUGAGGAGACAAAUCCACCACCUCCUCAAGGGGAGCAACACUCCACAUAUCCUACACUUCCUCGUAAUACCCCUCUUUACCAGCCCUCAGAGGCGCCGAUGGAUGAGGAAAACACGGCACCGUGUACACUCCCAUAUGACGACUUCACAGUGGUUACCAAAGCGGAGAUGCAUCAGCCUCCUGCUGCCACGGCGACAGACAUCCGGAAGCCAAGACGGGCCAGCAAGAGCAGCAGCGUCCGAGCACGCCCUGAUGACCUGGCAGUGUAG